AUGAGAGGGGAAUUGCUCGGAAACAGACCCUCUGAGCAUCAAUUUCCGGCGCCUGGGUUGUUACAAUCAAAGAAUCUUUAUCCUUGGCUGGUGUAUCUUCACGGCGAUCGUCACCAGAAUCAAACCUUUGGUGACAUAUCAUCAUCUUCAGGGGAGUCAAUUACUCUGCCCGGCCUGAGACAAGGACUGCAGAGGAAUACUAUUCAUGAAGGAUUGGUGUCUUCCUCCUCGUCAACACUCCCUGAUUCCAACUCGAAUUUGGUACUUUUGUUUUUUACUGAGAUCCCUUUGAUCUUAUAUUGUCAUGUUGGUGGUGAUAUAAAAUACUGGUCUGAAUUCAAUUAUGCACAGAGCAUUGAAGCUCAAUCAGGUACUCCGGUUAGACCAGGCUAUUUCUUGUGCAGUCCUGUUAGUUUUAAUGGUACAAUAUACGCCACAGCAUCUUGUGAGAUGGAUUUGGUGCGGAUUAGUAUUGAUCAUGGUAAAAAAAAUGGUUGCGAGAUUCAUUUAGCUGGAACAAUCCCCCUUAGAGGCCGAUCCAACUCGAACCAUCGAAGUUUCUUGCUAUCAAUGGAUGGGUCUGCCCUUUGUCUGAUUUUAAUUUUCCCGGAAUCUUCUUUCAGUAAAUAUCCAAGACCAGACAAAAUACGCAUUUACAAAUUCAACUUUUCUCAAAAUGCUUGGAAGAGUAUGAAAAGUUUUGAUGGAGGGGCAGCGUUCUUGUGCGGUUCUCAUUCUUUUUAUUGCAGCAGACAAGGCGCAUCCUUGUGGAGUUACAUUUAUUUUACUUUAGAGAGUGAUCAAACCUUAUUCUCUUACAGGGUUGAGGAUGAUAAGGUAACAUUAUAUUUGCAAGAACCAUGGCUUUCCUAUUGGAUUAUGCCUGCCUUGAGUCUACAACCAUGUGGUUCACAAUUACAUGAUAGUGUACCUGUUAGUAGUUGCAACAUUGUCGAUUUGCCGAAAGACCCAAUGGAAAACAAGCCGGCAGAUUUCUCGAAUAAACACAGGAGAAGAAAAAUAAGCAAGAGGGAAAUGACCUCAUUGUGUGAUCUAUCAGAUAAGGUACUUGAUUUGAUCGCAGGAAGACUAUCUUUAGUUGACUACAUGGAUUUUCGCUGUGUCAAUAAACUGUGUGCCGCCAGCACUAUCCGGACCAGAAUAAAUCCCUUCCCUCCAUCCCUGAUUUACAAGGACAAUCUUAAUUGUGUGUACCACAUAAUAGAUUCCAACCUUAAUCGAAAACUCUCCAUCAAAAUUCCCGAGGUCAUAAGAAAGUACGAGAUUUCCUGCUCCAGAUUUGGUUGGCUACUCCUGAAACGUUAUGGACACCGAGCUUUCUUUAACCCGUUGACAAUGCAAGUAGUCAUCCGUGAAGGGGCUCAACCAAGAACAAAGCAUGGGAUUAUAAACUCUACCUUUUUAGGAAAGCCAUCUUCUUCCCAAUGCGCAAUUUUAGAAAUGUCCGCAUUUGGAACAUGGGCCGAUUCAUACUUCAUCAAACGACCUAGGAGUAGUCCUGCACAAGCAGAGUGGCAGGUGUUUGUUGUCGGGAAACAGGACCCGCGGCGAGUUUUCCGCCAAGGUGGCAAUACCCCAGUUUUCGUGGGGGAAUUCUGUUAUUAUUUAGGCGAUGAUGGUUUACUUGGACGCGGCCGAUUGACUGAAAGUGGAAACCCGCCGUUCCGGUGGGAAGUUUUUGCGGACCUCGCAUCUCCAGUUGUGGGUUUCAGACGGAACUAUCUAACCGAGUGUGGUGGAGAGAUUUUAUCCAUAUUUAUUGGUGGGGGCGGAAAUGUUGAAGGAAACAAGUCUUGGGUUCGAGUUUUUAAGCUUCAGGAUGAGAAGAAGAAAUGGGUAGAAAUGAAUUCAUUGGAAGGGUACUGUUUGUUUUUGAGCUCACCGUCAUCGUUGUCUUAUCUGGCAGAAAGGCCAGAUAUGGCAAACAGAAUCUAUUUCCCCAUGUUUUACAGCAAAGAAUUGGUGUAUUAUUCGCUGAACACCAAGAGAUAUCAUUGUGUGGGGAGCCAGGAUGAAUUGCAAAGUUUUAAUGAAGUCCAUUAUAAUGGAUUUCUAUCCAAGUCACCGGGAAGAUUGUACAGAGGUGGAUAUGUCACCGCCAUGCGGAAAUGCAAUGCAGAUUACUGGUCAAAAAUAGAAGUGAAUGCAUUUCUUCACGAGGAUAUGAAAAUACCUGGUGACGGAAAGGACAUGGACGAAGGAUUGGCACUACUGUCUUCCAAUGAUUCUGCAAAUACCAUGGCUACAAUUGGAUUAGAGCAUGGUUUGGUUGAUCCGUUUGUAGUGCACCAGAAUAAAGACGGUGAACUUUCUGAUGAUGAAGAUGACCCGGUUGAUAGUCCGCUUACACAGGAAGUUCUCACCCCUCGUAUGAUUCUGGAGAGUAUCGAUUGUGAUGAAGGACCAGAUGUACACAUUCUUAGGAGAACAGAUAAGGAAAAUACUGGUGUGGGUGCUGGUUGUGAUAAAGAAGGAGACGAUGAAGAAAUUGGGUCAGACAGAGAGUCCAAGUGUGCUGGUGAUGAAAACAUAGUUGAGGUGAACAUUGUUUAUGAACAAACAUACAACAGUGAAGGUGAUGCAACAGCAGCAGAGCAGGCAGAAGCUGUUUCAGAUAAAGAGUGCAACAGUUACCAACUUGAAGCAGCAGCUGAGGUUAAUACUUGUUCAAUAAAACAAAGCAACACCAGUGGUUCUGAAGAAGCAGUGCAGACACCAACUGGUUCAGAUAAAGAUGGUUCUGAAGAAGCAGUGCAGACAGCAACUGGUUCAGAUAAAGAGUGCAACAAUGACCAACUUGAAGCAGCAGCUGAGGUCAACACUUGUUCAAAAACACAACGCAACACCAGUGGUUCUGAAGAAGCAGUGCAGACAGCAACUGGUUCAGUAAAAGACUGCAACAGUGAAGGAGGAAAGGGAAAAGGGAAGAAAAAGAAGAAGAAGAAGAAGAAGAAAGUGGUCAGAACAUAUACAGAGUAUAAUUCUGAUGAUGAUACCCUUGCUAAAAUGCCGGAGAAGAUCAAGGCAAAAGAGGUAGAGCCAAAUGGAAAUGCUGAAUUCCAUGACAGUGACUAUGACCUGGAUACAAAAGAGGAAGAAAUUAUCGUUAAAGAGAGGGCAAAAGUUUGGGAUGAGAUUUUAAAGGAACCUGAGUUCAAACUACAACCUGAAUUUGUUGCAUAUGACGAAGAGUUGGAGAGUUCUGGUGAGUCCGAAGAACUUCUCAGUGGUCAAGAAACUGAGUAUGAAUCUGAUGGGCACGAAGACCAAUGUUUAGAAGCUAGAGCAACUUAUCCUGCAAGGUACAAGACCAUCAUCGAGCAAUUGAGAGUUCUAGAGCCCCAGGCUAUCGAUUGGUUGAGGAGCAACACAAACCCUAAGAACUGGACAAUGUCACAUUUCAAGUAUCAUGCGAAUUGUGACGUUUUGGUGAACAAUAUCUUUGAGUGCAUAAAUAAGGUAUUGCUUCAUGCUAGGGAAAAGGCCUUACUGACCUUGCUAACAUGUAUCUUUUUGUAUCUUAUGGAGAGACACCGUCAGAAGAGGGAAGCUGCUGCUAAAAUGGUUGAUGUUGUUGGCCCAAAAAUAAGGAAGAUGCUGGAAAAUUUAAAGGAGAGAACAUGUGAGUGUUGGGCAGUGGAUGCUGGAGAAUGGAAUUAUCAAGCAGCUUAUGAAACUGCUUACAAAUACGUCAUUUAUCCCACAAAUGGUGAAGAAAUGUGGAAAAAGACGAAAAAACCAAAUAUUAUGCCUCCUGACAAAAUUCUUCGAGCUGGAAGACCUCCAAAGUCUAGAAAGAAGACUAAGGAAGAGUUGAGGGAAAUGCGUGUAAAGAAAAAAGGUGAUGUUGAGGUUCUGUCUCACACUGGCACAAUGACCUACAAGUGUUCAGAAUGCGGCCUUGAAGGACAUAACAAGAGGCAGUUUACUGGUAGAGCUGUUCCAUCUGAGCAGUCUAAGAAGAGGAAGAAGAAACCCAAUACCAAGGGCCAGCCUAAAAAGAAGGCAAAAAGGACUGUUCAAUGUCAAUUGUGUAAGCAAACUAGACAUUAUCGGACAACAUGUACAAGCACCGUUGCCGAUAUGUACAGAGAAGAACCAAAUGAAAAUAUGCCACCCACAGAAGAUGCAGUUGGUAAUCAGGAUUCGGAAGAUGCAACAAUCCCACCCAAAGAAGAUUGGGGCACUGUUGUAUUAGGCUUUUGUUCUUCAUAUUGA